GAUACGAGUACGGUCAACAUUGGAUGCCUAACAGACAAGAGUGAUUGAGAAAUAUAUAUCAGAAUCAUUAAUCUUCGCCAACUACGAUCAUGAAGACUAUCUUCCUUACUGCCUUGGUGUUCUCAGCCAUCCUUUCAACAACUGAAGCUCUUAGUUGUCUCCAAUGUCCCCAAGUAACUUGUCGUUUACCAUCCGAGCUGAACUGCAAAGGAGGACUAGCGCGAGAGCCUUGUGGUUGUUGUGAUGAGUGUGCAAAGGUCGAAGAAGAGACAUGUGGAGGACCAUGGGACAUGGCUGGCGUCUGUGACACUGGUUUGAAAUGUGUUUACAAAGGUGGCAAUGAACACGAUUCCAAUGCUCCGGGGGUAUGCAAAAAAUUAAGAAAAUUGUUCAAGACUACAAACUAAACCAAGAGCAAUAAGAAUGCUUUGAAGAAACUCUUUAAACGAUCAGUUUUUAUUUAUCCACGUCUCAUUAUAACAUUUAUAGAUAACCAAUCGAUUGUUAAUUGGAUUGUAGAUUAUUAAGAACAGUAGCGUAGCCAGCCUGUCGAUUUGUCCCGCUAUGCUAAUAUUUUGGUGUUCACUGACUGUGAAAACAAUA